CUAUCCAUCUAGCUAGGAGGAGUAGCAACCCAUUGACGAUGGCCAUGGCGGCCGCCGGCGAGAGCGGCGUCAGAAGGGCAUGGGUGGUGGACGUGGAGAAGACGCUGGACGAAGCGGACGCGUCGGUGGAGGUGUCGCGGUGGCAGCGCCACUCCAUCUACCGCGUGCCGGCGUGCAUCAAGGACCUGAACCGCAAGGCGUACAAGCCGCAGGUGGUGUCGCUGGGCCCCUUCCACCACCACCGCCAACGCCGCGACGACGGGGAGCUCCUGCCCAUGGAGGAGCACAAGCAGCGCGCGCUGCGGCACCUGCUCCGGCGCGCCAAGCGGCCGCUGGACGAGUUCGCGGCCGCCGUGGAGGGCGUCGCGGAGCAGCUGCAGAGCGCGUACCUCGACCUCGGCGACGAGUGGCGCGGCGCCGACGGGAGGGAGCGGUUCCUCGAGAUGAUGAUCGUCGACGGCUGCUUCCUGCUGGAGGUGAUGAAGGCCGCCGAGGAGGACGGCAGGAGUAGCGUCAGCGACUACGCGCACAACGACCCCAUCUUCAGCCACCAUGGCGUGCUCUACAUGGUGCCCUACAUCCGCCGCGACAUGCUCAUGCUCGAGAACCAGCUGCCGUUGCUCCUGCUUGAGAAGCUCGUCGCCGUCGAGACCGGCAAGCCUCCGAGCGCCGACGUGAUCAACAGGAUGGUGCUGAGGUUCAUGUCGGGGUCGCCGUCGGCCAGGCUGCCGCCGGGGAGCACUCUGGGGCUCCACCCGCUGGACGUGCGGCGACGGAGCAUGCUCUACGGCCCGAAGCAGCCGCCACAGGAGGUGUCCAGGGACAUCGCGCCGGAGACGACGGACAUCAUGAGGUCGGCGGUGGAGCUGUACGAGGCCGGGAUCCGGUUCAAGAAGACCAGCUCCGACAGCCUCCACAACAUCCGUUUCCGCGGCGGCGUGCUGAGCAUGCCGGCGGUGUCGGUGGACGACUCCACCGAGUACAUGUUCAUGAACCUGAUGGCGUUCGAGCGGCUGCACGUCGGCGCCGGCAACGACGUGACGGCGUACGUCUUCUUCAUGGACAACAUCAUCGACUCCGCCAAGGACGUCGCGCUGCUGAGCACCAGCGGCAUCAUCCAGAACGCCGUCGGCAGCGACAAGGCGGUGGCGCAGCUGUUCAACAGCAUCUCCAAGGACGUCGUCCUCGAGCCGCAGAGCUCGCUGGACGCCGUGCAGCGGGAGGUGAACGCCUACUGCGGCAAGCCGUGGAACCUGUGGCGCGCCAACCUGAUCCACACCUACUUCCGGAGCCCCUGGGCGUUCAUGUCGCUCGCCGCCGCCGUCUUCCUCCUCGCCAUGACCAUCAUGCAGACGGUCUACACCGUGCUGCCGUUCUACCAGCAGGACCAAGCUGGCAGCAGCAGCUCGCCGGCGGCACCGGCUCCAUUCGAUAUCUUUUUCAUGGACUUCGCACGCACUCGGUGGCAUGCAACGCAAGGAUCGAUCGAAUUCCAUGUUUAUGUUUACUUAUUAGACACAUCAUCAGCUACGUGCAUAGAUCAUAUUAACUUCUGGUCGAUCGGAUCGUCCAUCAUGGCGGCGGCGGCCGGCGGCGGCCGGCGGCCGUGGGUGUUGGACGUGGAGAAGAACCUGGGCGAAGCCGACGCGUCGGUGGAGGUGUCGCGGUGGCAGCGGCACAGCAUCUACCGGGUGCCGGCGUGCAUCAAGGACCUGAAGCCCAAGGCGUACAAGCCGCAGGUGGUGUCGCUGGGCCCCUUCCACCACGGCGACCCGGAGCUGGUGCCCAUGGAGGAGCACAAGCGCCGGGCGCUGCGGCACCUGCUGCGCCGCGCCAAGCGGCCGCUGGAGGACUUCGUGGCCGCCGUGGACGACAUCGCCGAGCCGCUGGAGAGCGCGUACCUGGACCUCGGCGCCGAGUGGCGCGGCGCCGGCGCCGGAGGCGGGAGGGAGCGGUUCCUGGAGGUGAUGAUCGUCGACGGCUGCUUCCUGCUGGAGGUGAUGAGGGCCGCCGGCCUCGACGGGAGGAACACCGCCGCCGUGGACUACGCGCCCAACGACCCCAUCUUCAGCCACCACGGCGUGCUCUACAUGGUGCCCUACAUCCGCCGCGACAUGCUCAUGCUCGAGAACCAGCUGCCCCUCAUCCUGCUCGAGAAGCUCGUCGCCGUCGAGACUGGCAAGCCUACGAAUGGCGAUGUCAUCAACAGGAUGGUGCUGAGGUUCCUGACGCCGACGCCCCGGCUGGCAACCUCCGGCGUCGGCAUCGGGCUGCACGCGCUGGACGUGCACCGGCGGAACAUGCUGUACGGGCACUACCAGCACCGUUCCCCACGGCAGGUGCCGGAGACGGACAUCAUCCGGUCGGCGGUGGAGCUGUACGAGGCCGGGAUCCGGUUCAGGAGGAGCAGCUCGGAGAGCCUCCACGACAUCCGGUUCCGGCACGGCGAGCUGAGCAUGCCGGCGGUGACGGUGGACGACUCCACCGAGUACAUGUUCCUCAACAUGAUGGCGUUCGAGCGGCUGCACGUCGGCGCCGGCAACGACGUGACGGCGUACGUCUUCUUCAUGGACAACAUCAUCGACUCCGCCAAGGACGUGGCGCUGCUCAGCUCCAAGGGCAUCAUCCAGAACGCCGUCGGCAGCGACAAGGCCGUCGCCAAGCUCUUCAACAGCAUCUCCAAGGACGUGGUGCUGGAGCCCGAGAGCGCGCUCGACGCCGUGCACCGGGAGGUGAACGCCUACUGCCGGAAGCCGUGGAACAUGUGGCGCGCCAACCUCAUCCACACCUACUUCAGGAGCCCCUGGGCGUUCCUCUCCCUCGCCGCCGCCGUCUUCCUCCUCGUCAUGACCAUCAUGCAGACCGUCUACACCGUGCUGCCAUACUACCAGCCGAGCGGCGGCAGCGCUGACGGUGGCUCGCCGGCGGCGCCGGCUCCCAUGUGAUCGAUGUUUGCAGUGCAGCGUUUUAUUUGCAUUCAUCUGCUGUAUGUGUGUGCGGCACCUACCGGCCUUGUUGUGUACAUUGGUGAUCUGUUUGAGAUUGUUGUUUUUCCGCUGUUUUUCUUGUCGAAUAUUGUGUUGAUUAAUGCUGUGGAUUCCAUUUGUUCAUUUUCUGGCUU